AAGAAGGGGCUAGUGCACAUGCGCGGUGCGCAGAGGACGUUGUUGUGCUCUUGUUAUCCUCACUCACAAAAGCACUCAUCGAUUCUCUGCGCUGGAGUCUGUUUUCACGCGUCCUGCAGGAGAAGAUGUCCCCCUGUGUCUUACUCACGGCCCUCUUUACCAUUCACCUCGCUGUGGGUUGGGUCGCACCAGCUGAAAAAGAAGUCCAGAUGGUUUGUGCCGGGAAAGAAUUUCGCCUGCCGGUGUACUCAACAUCCCGGACGGUGACUUUUACACCAAACCCUGAGGGGCAGAGACGUGUCCUGCUUGAAAAAAUCACAGUGAAAGACCCUCGGUUUCAAUGGACCAGAGAUAAGAUGUUGGUACUGAAAGAAGUGACUCACAGUGAUCAGGGACUGUAUGCCAUCAAAUUAUCCUCUGGAUUCACCUACGAGACCGUUCAUCUGAUUGUUUCAGAAUGCAUUAAGUCCUACCGCCGAAACUAUGGCGAGAACUUUGAGCACAACAUCCCUGAGAAUGGCACCCUCCUGGAGUUUUCUCCCCGGGGUGCUCCACCUGAGGCAAUGCCAGUUGUGCUCUGGAACCGCACAGACCUCAGGACCGGCAAUCAGGGCCGUGGUCGACUGCUGCGAGGCGGGAAGGUCUGGGUGGCCGAGAAAGUGACGCAAGUGGACCAAGGCAACUACACCGUGAGAGACCUGCAGGGCAGGGUGCUGUCCCGCAGCACCCUCACUGUCCGUGGCCACUCAUCCAAUGUCACCCGCUUCAGCAAGGAGACUCUAAACCUGCCCCUCUUUCUCCCUGUUAAUCAUGCCCACCUCAUUUUCACCCCCACCCGACACCCUGAUGAAUCCUCCCUGGGCCCUUUCGACCCCAAGCCCCCCCGCGGACCCGUGCAGCUGAUCCGUGAGGGCCAAAUAACUAACUACGACAUGCGCUACAGGGGCCUCAUCUCCCUGGGGAGAAAUGGUACCAUCAAUGAGGUUGUCAUAGCAAGGCUGACCUCAAGGCAUGAUGGGUUGUAUGAAAUUAGAGAUGGAGAUGGAAACCUGGUGUCCGCCACCUUAUUACAGGUGAUUGAAAAGGGAGCCAAAUGGCGAGCACUCCUCAAGUCCAUCACUGUCCCUUCUGGGAUGUUUGUAUCACUGGCUGGUUUCAUCCUGUUCAUGAAGCGCUUUCCAAACUGCAGCCUGUCACAGAUCAUCGCUGGCCUCAGAGUGAACCACAUGCCGCCAGCCAACCCGCCAAGAGUUAACAUCCAGGACUACAGCCAGCCUAUCUCUGAGCCCUCAGGCUACUACAGUCCCUCUCAGCAGCCUGGAACACCAAGAAAAUGGACCCCAAGAGCGAGUCCUACUCACAUUGGUUACACUUCGGUCAGAUCAGAAACUCCCAGAGUUGAGAACCAGGGAACACCCAGAGUAGCAGCUGAGAGCUCCCCAAGUUGUAUUUCAACCACUGAGCAGAACACAUCUAAUGAAGAAGAGAGCAGGAUUUCCUUCGCAGUGGCCGGGGCUUCAGAUUGCCUCCACUCGUCCGAGGACUGUGUUCAGUUUGAGAUCAAGACAGGUGGAGAUAAAGAAAGGCGGAGCAAAUCACAACAAAGCUUUCCCACAAUGCCGCUGGACACGAAUACCUCAGAGUCCUGCAGCGUUUACACCUCAGAUAAACUGAACUUCUCAUAAAACAGAGCAUUGGAGCUGAACUGAGGGAGGAAGAAACAUUGACAACCAAUAGUUUUCUGGUGGGACAGAAAGAUCUCACAUGUGCCUUUUGCAUCUUAGCCCAGUUUUCACAGUUUGGUUUCAAUGUUGCAUGUAAAUUAAAAACUCACUGUGGUUUUGUCACGUAAUUUUAAUGAAGCACGAGUGGAACAUUAGCCUUCCUGUCUCAUCUAACCCAAAUCUUGUCGCUGGUGCUCCUGAAAUCUCCAGCUGCUACCUACCUCCAGACCCUCAGGACCAUUAUUACCUGCACUGUAUUUUCUGAGAGUGUGUACACAUGCGGUAUGUUUGUGUAACGUGAUCUCUAGGGCUAUGCAGGCAUUAAAGUUAUGAUACACAGGUUAGCAAAAGGGAAUUCUUCAGUACUGUACAGUAAUAUAAGAGUGAGUAUUCCUCACUCUUGAAAAGUUUUAAUGUUAAAUAUCUGUGCUGCACUUGGAUGGUUUCUCUAAUGAUGUAAUGCAUUAACCCUCAAGGUAACAGUAGUAGUGGUUGUGUGAAAUGUAACAUAUUCCACCAUAUAGUUCAAUAGUUGAUCUGUGAACAUUGUGAACAGGAUAAAAUAUCAUCAACAUCUUUUUAGUGACUGAAGAGGUUGAACUUCUGCUUGUGAUACUUUUGCAAUAUAAAAGUGUAAAACAAUAAAAUGUAGCCUGUCUU